GACACACCGUGAUAUAAUCACUUACGUUGAACUAAAUCGUGAAGUGCGCGCAUAAAACGUAUAUUUUCUCUUUUCCACGUCUAGGAGUAGGUGAUAGGCGAUGAAAGGAAUAUACCUAAUCGCCAUCGCCACCGUCUUCCUGGCGCUAUGGAGCGUGACCAUCGCGAAGGAAGAGGGAUCCGACAAAAUUCCCACAAAAUGUCCAGCUGUGGACCCGAUGAACACGACGGUCCACUUGGCACACGAGAGUGAUUGUACAAAAUUCUACAUGUGCCUAGGGGGCAUGAAGAUUCCGAGAGACUGUCCCUAUAUGAACAAGGAGGGCGACAGAUUACACUUCAACCCACGUCUUCAAGUCUGCGAUUGGCCGUGGCAAGCUGGAUGUGAGGACUACAGCUUUAAUGCAGGUUUGGCUGAACCGAAGAAUGUACAAUCUCACCUUGACGAAAAUCAACAUGGACCGUACGUUAUGGACGAAAUUCCCACCAAGUGUCCAGCCGUGGACCCAAAGAACACGACGAUCCACUUGGCACACGAGACUGAUUGCACGAAAUUCUACAUGUGCCACGCGGGCAAGAAGGUUCCGCAAGAUUGCCCCUACAUGAACGAGAAGGGUGACAAAUUACACUUCAAUCCACGUCUUCAAGUCUGCGAUUGGCCGUGGCAUGCUGGUUGCAAGGACUACCGCUCAAGCGAGGAGCAAAUUGAAUCAAGAAAGUUUAUUCCUGAGGAAGAUCAUGGACCAUUUACCAUGGACGAAAUUCCUACCAAGUGUCCAGCCGUCGACCCGAAGAACACGACGAUCCACUUGGCACAUGAGAGCGACUGCACGAAAUUCUACAUGUGCCGCGCAGGCAAGAAGAUUCCGCAAGUUUGUCCCUAUAUGAAUAAGGAGGGUGACAGAUUACACUUUAACCCACGUCUUCAAGUCUGCGAUUGGCCGUGGCGUGCUGGUUGCAAGAGCCACAGCUUUAACGCAAAUCCGGAUAAAUCGAAGAAUAUACAAUCUAUUCCUGAGGAAGAUCAUCAUGAACCAUCCCUUAUGGAUGAAAUUCCUGUCAGGUGUCCAGCCGUGGAUCCGAAGAACAGGACAAUCUAUUUGGCACACCCGGCUGAUUGCACGAAAUUCUACAUGUGCCACGCGGGCGAGAAGAUUCCACAAGAUUGUCCCUACAUGCACGGGAUGCGUGGCAGAUUACACUUCAACCCACGUCUUCAAGUCUGUGAUUGGCCGUCGCGUGCUGGUUGCAAGAAAUACGGCUCGAGCGACGAGCAAACUGAAUCACAAAACGUAAAGUUUAUUCCUGAGGAAGAUCAUGGACCAUUUACCAUGGACGAAAUCCCUACCAAGUGUCCAGCCGUCGACCCGAAGGACACGACGAUCCACUUGGCACACGAGACUGAUUGCACGAAAUUCUACAUGUGCCACGCAGGCAAGAAGAUUCCGAAAGAUUGUCCCUACAUGAAUAAGGAGGGUGACAGAUUACACUUCAACCCACGUCUUCAAGUCUGUGAUUGGCCGUGGCAUGCUGGUUGCAAGGACUACCGCUCAAGCGAGGAGCAAGUUGAAUCAAAAGAGUUUAUUCCUGAGGAAGAUCAUGGACCAUUUACCAUGGACGAAAUUCCUACCAAGUGUCCAGCCGUCGACCCGAAGAACACGACGAUCCAUUUGGCACAUGAGAGCGACUGCACGAAAUUCUACAUGUGCCGCGCAGGCAAGAAGAUUCCGCAAGUUUGUCCCUACAUGAAUAAGGAGGGCGACAGAUUACACUUUAACCCACGUCUUCAAGUCUGCGAUUGGCCGUGGCAUGCUGGUUGCAAGGACUACCGCUCAAGCGAGGAGCAAAUUGAAUCAAAAAAGUUUAUUCCUGAGGAAGAUCAUGGACCAUUUACCAUGGACGAAAUUCCUACCAAGUGUCCAGCCGUCGACCCGAAGAACACGACGAUCCACUUGGCACACGAGAGCGACUGCACGAAAUUCUACAUGUGCCGCGCAGGCAAGAAGAUUCUGCAAGUUUGUCCCUACAUGAAUAAGGAGGGUGACAGAUUACACUUCAACCCACGUCUUCAAGUCUGCGAUUGGCCGUGGCGUGCUGGUUGCAAGAGCCACAGCUUUAACGCAAAUUCGGAUAAAUCGAAGAAUAUACAAUCUAUUCCUGAGGAAGAUCAUCAUGAACCAUCCCUUAUGGAUGAAAUUCCUAUCAGGUGUCCAGCCGUGGAUCCGAAGAACAGGACAAUCUAUUUGGCAGACCCGGUUGCUUGCACGAAAUUCUACAUGUGUCACGCGGGCGAGAAGAUUCCACAAGAUUGUCCCUACAUGCACGGGAUGCGUGGCAGAUUACACUUCAACCCACGUCUUCAAGUCUGUGAUUGGCCGUCGCGUGCUGGUUGCAAGAAAUACGGCUCGAGCGACGAGCAAACUGAAUCACAAAACGUAAAGUUUAUUCCUGAGGAAGAUCAUGGACCAUUUACCAUGGACGAAAUCCCUACCAAGUGUCCAGCCGUCGACCCGAAGGACAGGACGAUCCACUUGGCACACGAGACUGAUUGCACGAAAUUCUACAUGUGCCACGCAGGCAAGAAGAUUCCGAAAGAUUGUCCCUACAUGAACAAGGAGGGUGACAGAUUACACUUUAACCCACGUCUUCAAGUCUGCGAUUGGCCGUGGCAUGCUGGUUGCAAGGACUACCGCUCAAGCGAGGAGCAAGUUGAAUCAAAAGAGUUUAUUCCUGAGGAAGAUCAUGGACCAUUUACCAUGGACGAAAUUCCUACCAAGUGUCCAGCCGUCGACCCGAAGAACACAACGAUCCACUUGGCACAUGAGAGCGAUUGCACGAAAUUCUACAUGUGCCGCGCAGGCAAGAAGAUUCCGCAAGAUUGUCCCUACAUGAAUAAGGAGGGUGACAGAUUACACUUCAACCCACAUCUUCAAGUCUGUGAUUGGCCGUGGCGUGCUGGUUGCAGAGGCUACGGCUUUGAAGAAAACCAGACUGUAGAGAGAAGCAUGAAACUUAUUUCCAAGAAGAAUCACAGUAGGGUAGCACGUGCGAUAAGCACUCAAAUUGAAUGUCCUAAGCACAAUCUUAGUAACAAAACGAUCCUUCUUCCGCACGAGUACGACUGCACAAAAUUCUACAUGUGUGUCGGCAGAGAAAAAAUAGUACGAAACUGUCCCUACAUGAACAAGAAAGGGGACCGGCUGCACUUUAACCCGCGUCACGAAAUGUGUGAUUGGCCAGAUAAGGCUGGUUGCGAUGACAAGGAUUCCGAAGAAAACCAACGUGAAAUAGACGGCCGACAUUUUCCAGGCAAAAAUGACGAAUCAUCAGAGAUCCCCACGAAAUGUCCUGCUAAGGAUCCGAAGGACAUCACGAUCCACCUUGCUCACGAGUACGACUGCACAAAAUUCUACAAGUGCCACGCGGGCAAGAAGUUUCUGCUAGAUUGUCCCUACAUGAACAAGAAAGGUGAUAGGCUACACUUCAACGCGCGCCUUCAGGUCUGCGAUUGGCCAUGGGCAGCUGGUUGUGAGACAUCAGAACCAGGAGACGAUUGUCCCUGGGACAACGAUGGUCUUCUGCUACCUCACGAACGUAACUGCGCCAAGUUCUAUGAGUGUAUGGAUAGCAACAAGCGCUUGCGCGAGUGCGCAGAUGGUCUAUUCUUCAGCAGAAAGUAUCAAGGAUGCGUUAAGAUCGAGGACUCGGACUGCGAGUACAAGAGAGCAUCGUCCAAGUGCACCUGUGAUGACGAGCUGAUACCUCAUGAGUGCGACUGCAGCAUGUAUUACAAGUGUCGAGGAGGCGACCAGGUGUUGCGACAGUGCGACAAGGGUCUGCACUUUAGCCCGAAGCAGCGUAGGUGCGAAGACCCGGCCGAAGCUGGCUGCGGAGACGACGACAAGCCUGGUACUGGCGACUGCCCGGAUCCCACCUGGGAGUAUCCUUGGCGUCACGAGUGCGACUGCAGAUUAUUCUACAGGUGCGAGGAAGGAAAGAAACGUAUGUACGAGUGUCCUUGGGGAUAUUACUUCCAUGUGGAAAGAAACGGAUGCAGCCUUCAGGAACGCGUAAGCGAUUGUAAAAAUCAUUGGGACGACUGAGAUUCCGGACCGCCCAAUCUGGAAAGUCCUAGAAACCUCCAGGAAGAUCUUGGAAGGAGAGGAAAAGGGAGCUCGAAAAGUAGCGACGAGCGCAAGAAGCGAGUUGCACGCUCGCUAAAACUACGCUGUGUAUUCGUGUAGAAUAUUUUUGCUAAAAUAUUUUAAUAAAUGCGACUGUGUGUAAUUAUCCUCCGAAGACUUUCCUCUCGGUCCGAUCCUCCGAUAACGCGUAUCAUAUCGCCUCUUCUCGAGCGUUAUCAUUUCCGAUUCGGAUAAAAAGUUUCAGGGCGUAACAAUCUCGAUUGAUAAUGAGUAAGCGAAAUGAAUAAACAUGCUGACAAUUGUCCCGCGCAUAAUCAACGUACAUGUGAAAUUUGUGUAUCAUUAUGAAGUAUUACGUCAUCUCUUUCAGAAUUAAAAGAUGUACAGAUUCAAAG